AUGGCAGGGGCCAGCGAGUCGGGGAAGCGCGGCGAGGACAUGGGUGGUCCGGUUCUUCAACAGGACAUUCCAGCUUACAACCUGUGGCUGAGGCUUCAGGGCAAGGAGGGGCGCCAGUGGGGCUUGCCGGUUCAAUCGGGCUGUCAGCGCAUCGGCGAGCCAUGGAGGGCCGGGGAUUGGCAGCGGGGCGCACCUCCCUCAGGACCCGCGUUCUCUAAAUACCUUCACGCGGUAGUCCAGAAGGACUAUGCAGUGGGCUACCUCUGCCUGGCAGUGCUCAGCAAAGGCACGACCGUGCUGUGGGUCAUGCUCGAGGUGCUCUCAGACGCCAAGAAUAGCCACCAGCGUUUCGUGUUGCUCCGGCAUGGCAUAGACGUCCAGGUCCUCGACGGUGAGAGCUUCCUGCUGCUGAGCCCGAGCAGCGUCGCGGCGAGGCUGCUGUUUCCAAGUGGUGGUUCGGCCGCCACCACCAUCGCUACUGCCAGCACAUCCUCCCCUGCUACUGCUACUGCUGCGGAUGCUGCGGCCGCCGGCAAACCCGGGGCCCCCGUCACCUACAGCGGCACAGAUCCGGAUCCCCUGGCCAGACAGCGUCGCGCCGUGAUUGAGGCCGUACUGGCUGCGGAGGCUGUGGAGCCGGACGGGGACCUUCCUCCCCUGCCGCUGAACGCCCAGUUGGUGGGUCUGGCGGAGGCGCUUAUGGCGGCGUACGAGCGGGAGACCCGCCUGGCUGCAAGGCUGAUCACACGGCGCGCCGUUAGCUGCGCACUGAGCAACGAAAAGAUUGGCAAGUUGACCGCCGCGCUGGAUGAGUCCAGCUAUGCCCUGGCUGUGUCCAAGCGGCGUAUGGAGACGAUAUCCUGCAGUCUGGAGGCGUUGCAGCGGGACCUGGAGCGAGACGUGUCGGAGCUGUGCGCGCAGCUGGAGGGGGUGACGGAGCACCGGGAUGCGCUGCUGCUGGAGCUGGUUGCGCGGCAGGGUGCAGUGGCCGAGGCAGUGGCUGCUCGGGAGCACUUGGCGGCCCUGCUGGCCGCCGCGCAGGCGGAGCGGCAGGCGCUGCAGGUGCAGCUGCGGGAGCUGCGGCGCCAGCUGGACGAGUCGGACGCGUGCGCGCGGCUGGCUGCACGGGAGCGGGACCAGGAGCGCCGCCGCACGGAGGAUCUGACGGUGCAGCUCAAGCACGCCGCGCGCUUCGCAGCCGCCCUGGAGGACACCAUGUCCGCCCUGCCCGACCUCCCGAUGGCUCCGACUGAUCGCAACAACGACGGCGAUGACGACGACGACGACGGCGAUGACAUCGACGACAAUGACGACGACACGAACAAGAUUCCAUCAGGCGUCGGGACAAGGGGGCCUUAUGCCGCGGCCACUGCAACCAGUGGUGAUGCCGCUGCCGUCGUAGAAAUCAGCCGCUUCCUAGCCGCUUCCUCAUCGCAUCCCCCGUUUCUGGAGUGUUACGGCGGCGGAGACGGCGACGCUCUGCUGCAUGCUGAAGAGCCUGCUGUCCAGUUGGCGACCGCAAGCACCGACUCUUCCGGAAUCAGUCUCAGGGGCAGCUCGAGCGACCAGCAUCAUGGCGUGCGCAGCGGCGGUGGCGGCGGCGGCGGCGGCGACGGUGGCGGCUUCUUUGAGGUUGGGAAGGGCGAUGGCGGUGAGGCGCUUCUGGCGGCCCUCAGCGCAGCGCAGGAGCGAGCAGUCGAGCUUCAUCUCCUGAAGGAGGAGAGCGCGGCGCUGGUGAAGCAGGUCGCCGCGCAGAGUGCUGCACACGCGGCCGACGCCCGCGCCCUAGCCGCCGCAAAGUGCGAGGCGGUGGACCUGCGCGCCGACGUGGCGCGCCUGGAGGAGCAGCUCGCCAUGGCGGCUGCCGCACGGCGGCGCCUGGAAGACGAGUUGGCCGCCGCGCAGGCCAUGCUGGGGGAGCUGCACGAUGCCCUGCGCGCGUCGGCGGAAGAGCUGAUGAAGGCUCGGCGGGCGCAGACCGACGCCGAGGAGCAGCUAGCGUCGUCCCAGUCGGAGACCGCCGCUCUGGGCCAGCAGCUGCAAACGAGCAAUCGGGAGCUGGCGGCGGCCCGAACGCACCUGUUGCAUGCGCAGCAUCACGUUGCGGAGGCGCUGGCGGAGAAGGGCACAUUGCGGCAACAGCUGGCUGCGGUGCGGCGGCAGCUGCAGGACGCUCAGACGGCAGCGGAGGUGCAGAGCGAUCGCUGCCGUGCCGCCGAGGCGGCAUCGGCGGCACUCACAGCGCGCCUGGCGGAGGUGCAGGCGGAGCUGCUGGUGCUGGCGACCCGGCUGCAGCAGGCUCAGGAGGACGCCGGGGCAGCGCUCGCAUCUAAAGCGAGACUGGAGACGUCGUACGUGGCGGAGCUGACGCGCCUACAGGAGCAGGCCGCCGCCGCUGCUGCGGCAGCCGCAUCGGCGGAGUUGCGUGAUGGCCUGGCCGAGCUGCAGGCGCAACUUGACGAGUCGCAGGCCGGCAGAUGGCUUGCUGAGCAGCGUGCCGAUGAGCUGCGGGGCCGGGUGCGUGGUCUAACGGUGCGGCUGGCGGAAGUGGAGGCGGCAGCAGUGGCCGCGGACGCAGACACACGGCGUGUGGCGACGGAGCUUCGCAGAGAGCUGGACGGCGUUGUGGCGGCCCUGCGCGAGGCCGAAGCUGCCGCGGUGGCUGCCCGCCACGCUGAGGCGUCUCAGGCUGCGGCGCUGCACGGCGCCCAGGUUACAGCCAACGGCCUCCAGGUCACAAUCUGUCAGCUGCGGCAGUCCCUGGCGGCGGCGGAGCAGGAGUUGCAGCGGAACCGCGCCGAGGCCGCCGAGGCCGCCGCCGCCAGCGCGGCGCGAGAGGCCCGCGUGUUGCAUGAGCUGCACCAGCGCGAUGCCGCGGUGGUUGCGCUGAACGCCAGCCUGACGGAGGUACGUGCACAGCUUGGGGUCGCACGCACUGACGCUGACGCCAAGGCGCAUCGGCUGCAGGCAGCAUUGGUGAUGCGGCUGCAGGAGCUGCAGUCCGCCAUUAGCACAGCGGAUGCGGCGGGCUCGGAAGCAGCUGGCUUGCGGGAGGUGCAGGUUGCUGAGUUGGCGCAACGUUGUGAGGCUGCCUGCCACGCCGUAGCAGAUCUUCAAGCGCAGCUGAAUGCGAGCGAGGCUGCACGGCGGGAGCUGCAGGUGCAGGCGACGGCGGCGGAGGACGAGCAACGGAGGCUUCUGGCGGCGGCGGCCGGUGCGGAGGAGAAGAGGGAACAGCUGGAGGCGGCGCUUCACGCCGCCGGCGAGGCUCGGUCGGCACUGGAGGCGCAGGUGGCAGAAGGCGAGGCAUCCAUUCGCGAGCUUCAGGCGCGGUUGCACCGCGCGGAGGAGGUGGUUUCGGAGGCGCUGUCACAGCUGGCUGACGCCAACUCGGCCGUACGGCUGAUGCACCAGCGCCGUACCGCCGUCAGUUGCACUACCGCUUCUGACGCUGUUAGUGCCGCCGCCACGCAAUCCAGCAGUGGGGAUGCGGGGCGUGUUGAGAUGGCCACGCCGCAGUCGGCACGGUUUCCCUCCGAGCGGGCGAGAGCUGCCGCCGCCGCCGCCGCCGCUAAGGAGGAGGAGGAGGCGGUAGAGGAGGUGCUGGCGAGGGAGGACGGCCCCGUGGAGGCGGCGGCGGAAACGGAGGACCGACGGAGCUAUGCCGAGUUGCGAACUUUGCUGGUCGCGCGUCUUCAGGAGCUCCAGUGCAGUAUGGAAGCAGCGGAGGCGGCAUCGACGGCGGAGCGGAACGUACGCGUUGCUCAGCUGGUGGAGCUGCAGCUGCAGGCCACGGACAGCGGCCGCUCGGCGGCAGCUCUGCAGGAGCAGCUCGCCGUGAGUGAGGAAGCCCGGGCCGCCUUGCUGGUGCGCGCAGAGGAGGCCAAGGUAGAGCGCGAGCGGCUGUUGGCGGAGGUGGCGGAGGCGCAGGCAGAGCAGGAGCGGCUCCGGGAGGCGUUGGAUGCCGCCGCUUUGGAGCGGCUCACCCUUGAGGACGAGCUUGCAGGAAGUGAUGUCGAACGGGCGGAGCUGGAGAAUCGGCUCCGGAGUGUCGAGGCAGCUCGCUCGGACGUCAUGGCACAGCUUUCCUUCAGCAACUCGGCGUUGCGGCUGUUGCAGCAGCACUUGCAAAGCGCUGAUGCAGAGCGCCUGGAUUUGCAGGCGCAGCUGGGUACUGUGCUGGAAGAGCGGCGGGAGUUGCGGGUGCAGCUGGCGGAGCGUGUUGGGGAGGUGCAGGCCGCCAUGGAUGCGGCGGAGGCGGCGGAGAUGGCCGCGAGCGCCGCGCUGGCUGCCCGAGCAGACGCCGCGCAGGAGGGCUGUGAGGCGAGCGCCGUGUCUUUGCGACAGCUAAAAGAGGCGCUGUUGGCGAGUGAGGUCGCCAGGCGGGAGCUGCGGGAGCGGGCAGCAGCGGCGGACCGUCGACGGCAGGUGGCGGAGGCUCAGGUGGCAGUGGCGGAGGCGGAACAGCAGGCGCUUGCGCUGCAGGCCGCGGAGACAGCGGAGGCGGCCCAGGUGGCGCUGCUUGCCGCCCUAGGGUGCACUGAGGCGGAGCGGCGGGCUUUGCACGCCCGCGUCGCAGACGGCGAAUCUGUACGGGCAGGGCUCCGCCAGCGGCUGGAGGCCAGUGAAACUGCGCGCGAGGAGGUGCUGCAGCGGCUGGCGGAAGCUGGGGCCGAGCUCGAGGUGCUGCAGCAGCGGCUGGUCGAUGCAGAACGUGAGCGGCUGGGGCUGCAGGAAGGGCUCGCGGCGUCUGGUGCGGAACGCCGCAGGCUGCAAGCUCAGCUGUCCGGUUUGCUGUCAGAGCUCCAGAGGGGUGUUGAGGGUGUGGAGAUGGCGCAGGCUCAGGCGGAGGCUCUGCAUGACACGAAGGCGGCAGACCUCCUGGCGUGGUCUGAGCAGGUCGCGUCGCACGCUGUGCAACUGCAGGCACGGCUGUGCGACGCGGACACGGUACGACAGGAGCUUCUGCGGCGGCUGGCGGAUGCCGGUGCCGAGCGGCAGGGCUUACUGGACCGCCUUGCCGUGGCGGCGGUGGAACGUCAGAAGCUGGAAGAGCGCGCAGCGGCUGCGGAGGGGCUCGCAAGUGAGCUGUCCACUCAGCUGACGGAUGCCGACGUGGCGCGGAAGGAGCUGCAGGCGCGGCUAAAGGAGGGCGAGGACGUUCAACGGGAGCUUCGCGCGGCGUUGGAUGGCAUGGAGGUGGUGCAUUCGGAGGCGCAGGCACAGCUGGCUGAUGCAGGGCUAGCCCUGGGCGCGCUGCAGCAGAGCCUUGAUGGUGCUGACGCGGAGCGGCGGGCCCUGCAGGCGCAGCUGGCUGCAGUGACGACGGAGGCUCGCGAUGUGCAGUCGCAGCUCGUCGCGGUGGCGGCGGAGGCUCAGGAAGUACAGUCCCAUCUGGUGGUGCAGCUGAAGCAGCUGAAGGGCAGUCUAGAGGCAGCGGAGGCAGCAUCGGCAACGUCGGCUUCGGAGCGCAACAUACAUGCCGUACAGCUUGCGGCGCGGUUGCGGGAGCUGGAGAACGCGGUGCAGGACGUGGAGGCUGCAACGGAGGUUGCGAAUACGGUGCACGCCGCCCAACGAGCUGUCCUUGUACGCGGCUGGGAGCAGGCGGGCGACUUGCUAGGUGGACUGGCUGCCAGCCGAGCGGCGCAGGAGGCGCUGGCGGAGCGUGUUGCAGCGGCGGAGGUACGACAGGCUUCACUUGCGUCGGAGCUUGACGCCGCCAGCGCGGCACGUGCGGCCUUGGAAGUUCAGGUCACGGACGCGGCCAAGGCCCGAGUGACGCUGGAGGCCCAGCUUGCGGAGGCGGAGGCGGCUCGCGGCGAGGCACUGUCUCGACUCGCUGACGCGACCAAUGAGCUGACGGCGCUGCAGCGCAGCCUGACGGCGGCGGAGUGUGAGCGCGGGGAGCUCCAGAAGAGCUGUACGGCUUCUACGGCUGCAUGCGAGGAGCUGCGCGUUCAGUUGGCGGUCGUCGUGGCGGAGCACGAGCGCGACGGGCGCAGGCUGGCGGAGGUUGAAGCCGAGCGAGACGAGCUGACGGCCAGGGCUGCGGCUGCGGACGCAGAGCUGACGAAGCUGCGCGCGAGGCUGGACGGUGCCGAGGAGGCUCACGCGGCGGAGGCGGAGGCCCUGCGUUCCGCCGCUGCGGCGGCGGAAGCGGAUGCGGCUGCCCAAGGUGCCGCCGCUGCUGCAACGGCGGUGGCGGCAGGUGAGUCUCGGCGGUGGCUCAGGGACCAGUUGACGGCGGCCGAGGCGGCGAAAGGAGAGCUGCAGGCGCGGCUAGUCGCGGCGGAGGCGUCCCGCGGGGAGUUGCGCUCUCAGCUGUGUGCCAGCGCUUCAGCGCUGGCUGCGCUUCAGCAUCAGCUGGAGGGAUGGGAGGCCGCCUGCGAUACGACACAGCAACAGCUGUCCCGUACGGACGCCAUCGCACGGCAGCUGAUGUCCCAGUUGGAGGACUCCGACGCUCGGCGGCAGGAGCUGUCAGAGCGGCUGGCGGCGGCAGCAGGUGUGACCGCGGAGCUGCAGACGCAGCUGUCCUUCUGUCAACGCGAACGCGACGACCUGGCGGUCCGGCUGGAGGAUUCGGAGUCCACGCGCCGGGGCCUGGCGGCGCAGGUGUACAGGUUCCGUACACAGCUGGCCGCGGCGACGGACUCCGCGGUGAUCCGGCGCAUGACGAAUACCACGGCAGUGCAGGAGCAGUACGACCGGCUGCGAGAUGAUUCGGCUAGGGAACGUGAGGUGGCGCAGGCGCGGCAGGAGCGGAUGCUGGCGGAGAUAGCGAACCUGCAGGAAGCUGCCGACCAGAGCGCCGUCCGCGCCACUGUCCGCGUUGCGCUGGCCCGCGCCUGUCUGCGCGCCGCAGAGGACGAGCGCCGGCGGCUGCAGGGCGAGCUGCUGCUCCUCCGCGCGUCACGUGCCCAGCACCAGCACCAGCACCCGCACCCGCGGCGCAGCAUGUGCACCACCAGCACCACUACCAGCCCUAACGCCGGUAGUGCGGGCGGUGGUGCACGGCUGCUGCCGCCUCCCCCCCUCCCGCUGCUGCUUGCGGCUGGCCGAGUCAGCCCGUGCCGGAGUAGAGCUGCUGCUGCUGCUGGCGGGGAUGGUGGUGGCGGGGGUGGUGGGGGUGCUACUGCCGCUGCCUGGGAGUCAGCCGCAGCGGCGGCGGGGAUGCCGGCGGCGGCAGCGGCGACGGUGGCGGGAUAUCGCCGGCUGCGAUCCAGCAGUCGAGUGGCUUCGUUGGGCGGCUACCUGCAGCAGCCGCAGGGGGCCCAGCAGCCGUCGGAGGUGGUGGGUGCAAACGGAGAGGACGAGCAGGGCGCCGUCGGGGGUAUCGUACAGGACGUCACUGGGCUGCCCGGCAGCACCGACUACCGCCAGCAGGUGGACCCCCGCGACCCGCUGCGUGACUCCUUCUCCAUGGUUCCCGACCUGGGCAGUCUGGGCUGCAUGCUGGACGCCAACACGAAGGGGGGGCACCUCCUGGGGGGCUUCCCACACGACCAUGACCACGAGCACGACAUGGAUGUCACCACUGCUGCCGCUGCCGCUACCGCCACUGCGGUAGGGGACGGGCCCCUCCUGCGGCAUGAAAACGCGGCGCAGGUGCUCUUCCGCUGCCCGCCCGCAGUUCCCUUCAGCACCCCAGUCACUGGCCACCGCCAGUCCCCCUGUCCACAGACCCACGGGUCACGGAACAACAGGGGGGUGGGUGCCGUCACGCCCUCCAGCGCCUCCUACAGCCCCCUCCUGCCGCCGCUGGGUCCAGGGGGCGGGUUGCUGCCGCUGCCUCCCAAUAUGACCAUCGGGGAGCAGCUGGCGGUACUGCAGGACGAGUUGAAGCAGGUGGAGGAGCGGGGUCGCCGGCUGGGCGCUCGUCUGGAGGCCGCCAGCCAGUCCCCGUCAGCCAGCAUCCUGGAGACCGUCACGGCCAGGUUCCAACAAGCCACACAGCAGCAGCACAGCCAGCGCCAACAACACCAGGACAUUGUCCGACGUCGAAGCACCGACCGCCUCCAGCUGCCUCCGGGCUCUCGCCAUGGAAGCAGCACGCACGCUGCUACUGCUGCCGCCGCCGCUGGUCCCGACACCCACACCCACACCCGUACCGGCACCGGCACCGGCCGGGGGGAGCCCGACGGCCACCUGGACGAGCACUCCCCGGACCCCCUCCAGCAUCUUGAUCACGACCCGACUGCCGUACCUUCGGAUGUCUUCGCGGUGCAGGGCUUGCUCCCCGUGUGGGAGGGCCGUGACGCAGCCAGUAGAGGCGGCCCCGACACGCGAACGUUGGUGGCUGGGCCCAACGAAGUCCUGGCUUCGGAGCAGAACAAUCUUUUCGGACCGCCACUACCGCCGCCCCCGCCGCUGCCGCCGCUACCAGCUCUGGUGCCGGAUUGUCCCAACGCCACGCCCGCCUUGCCCGCCUUCAUACCCGCAUCCGAAGCAGCAGCAGCUGCGACCGCCGAUGCCAGAAACCUGCAAGCUACUUCGCUGCAUAGCGGCAGUGGCGUCGCUGACAAUGCCGUAUACGAGUCGUACAAGGCUGAGCCACAUUCGACGGGCCUGCUGUGUCUGCCUUCGCGAAGUCGGCCGUUUUCUUUUCGGCAGUCCUCCCGACCCGGCUCCAGAUCUUCCAUGCAGCAGCCCAGCAAUGACAUCCACAGCCACAGCCACAGCCAGGUCAACAGCCAGGUCAACAGCCAGAGCCAGAGCCACGUCAGCGCCAUGGCGGACGACUCGGCCAGCAUCGCCAGCUCCGGCUACCAGCAGUACCUCCAGCACUUCCACCCGCACCUUUACACAGCCCCAUUACCGCCACCGCCGCCUCCGCCUCCGGGGUCGGGGCUUCACGGGGGGCCCAGUGGGGGACCCGUAUACGUGGUGGUGCAAAACACACAAAGGGCCUCCCUGGACUCACUCCACGCCGGCGGCAGCAGCCGCGGCGGCGGUGGAGAUGCGGGAGGUGGUGGCGUGCCGCCGCUGCCGCCUGUAAUGGUUGGGGGUAGCAAGCGCAGCAAGAAGGGCGGUCUGUUGGGACGCAUCAAGCGAGCGGUAGGGGAGGUGGUGCGGCGUAGCGGCAAUAGCAGCAGCAGCAGAGCCAGCCCCGCUGUCAGUGGCAGCCGUUGGGGAGGGACGGACGGACGGGGAGAGAAAGGCGCGGUCAGAGGCGUUUCAUUACUUGGGUGCCACCUCGGUGGUGGCGCUGCCAGCCGGGGGGGGGGAGCGCAGCGCCAGCAGAGGGCACUAGGACCCGCCCGGGAGCGGCUGCGGGAGCUGCGGGUCAGUGUAGCCGGCCCGCGUGUGCGUUGUGUAGAAGGGGUGACGUCGCGUGCACGUGUGCGCACUUGUUUGCAGUCAGUCAGGUAG